ACCCUACUUCUCUGGGACGCCAGGUCUGCCUCCUCCAGCAUGCGCUCUCUGCAGCUCCUGUUCGGGGCCAGCCAUGCCGCCCUGCUCUUGGUCCUCUGUCUGCAGCUGGGGACCAACACAGCUCAGGAAGACACACCCACGCGACAGCCGAUUAUAAUGAACCUCCAGUUGCCCCAAGUGACAAGGUCAACUGACGAAGUCACCGCAAAGCUUACGGUCCAAACAGAAUUGAGAGAAUGUAUGGUGAUUAAAACUUACCUGGUAAGCAGCAAGCCGAUUGAUGGAUCUUUUAACUAUCGCUACAGUGCCUGCCUGUGUGACGAUUACCCAAGAAACUUCUACUGGGACUUCCAGGUCAACAGCACGGUAAGGAUGGCUGCCGUGGUUGACGUCAUCACGCAGUCGGGUAUCUGCCCCAACGACGAGGCCGUCGUCCCCAUCAAAGCCAACCGUUUCACUAUCCUGAGGACCCUGUUCGUCGUCUGAGCUGGCCGGGGUGGGGGCACACCUGCCUGCCCCUAGCCCUGCCCUCCCCCUUCCCAGGAUGGUUUGCUCCGAGGCAGCUUGGCUGGGGUACACGUUGUGGUCUGCAAAAUAAACUUCUCACAUGCUC